AAACGCUAGGAGAAAUCUGAAACUGUCCACCUGUGGCCAGGCAGAAGUCAAGAGUAGUUUUCACCUGGUCCUGUCGUCGCGUGGUAACGAUUUUAAAGACUCUACAAUAUUAUCAUGACGUCAGGAUCCCUCCGAACAAUGGGUAGUGUGCCAGUGCUCAUUCUGACCUUGACAUUGCUGAUGCCGUUUGGUCAAACGUUGACAUGGAUGACCGACUACAACCUGAAUUUCCAUUUCGACUGUAAUUCAACAGAAAAAUCACUGACGACACUGACAAGCAUCCAUGACAACCACCACGAGGACCGAGUGUGGAAUGUCUCGUGCUCCAAAAUGAACCAAACUGUAGAACUAACCCAGUGUGAAUGGAGCGUUGCUACCAACGACCCCGACGGCCUGAUGGAGUAUCAGUGUCCCAACAAUGACGUCAUCACGGGACUGUCCAGCGAGUGGCACCAACGACAACACGACAGAGUGUUCAGGUUCCGCUGUUGUAAACCCGGAUUGUUGGUGACUCACUCCUGUGUAUACACCGACUACAUCAAUAAUUACGACGGACCGCUCAACUACACUGUUCCCGACAACUGGUACCUCCGAGGUGUCCUCAGCGUGCACUCCAACAGACACGAGGACAGAAUCUUCCGCUUUGACAUCUGCAAGCUAGACAUGCUUGCCUCUCCUGGGGAAGUUCCCAUCGUUGGUUGAAGAUGUCAGCAUAGAAGGAAAUAACACGAGGAAUAUGUGAGGCAACACGAUGAAAUCAGGUGCUCGUCAAAACAAUGAAAUCAAAGAAAACGGCCGGCACUU